GAACCAGGAGGAGGGAACAAAGACUCCAUUUUCCAUCGACACCAGCGGGAAAGUACAUCGCGUUCGAAGAAGUGCAGACCCAAGCAAACUCCUAAGUAACAUUGAUAAGGUCCAGUCAUGCACCGUGAAUGUCCACUUGACUGCAAGGUCUAUGUUGGAAAUCUGGGCAACAAUGGAAACAAGACCGAGUUAGAAAGGUCGUUUAGUUACUAUGGGCCUCUCCGCAGUGUGUGGGUGGCGCGGAACCCCCCAGGCUUUGCCUUUGUAGAAUUUGAAGACCCCAGAGAUGCUACUGAUGCCGUGCGAGAGCUUGAUGGGAGAACUCUGUGUGGUUGCCGUGUGCGAGUAGAGCUGUCCAAUGGGGAGAAACGCAGUCGCACCCGCGGUGCACCGCCAUCGUGGAGCAGGCGCCCCCGAGACCGAGAUGAUUACAGGCGGCGUAGUCCACCGGCAAGGCGAAGAUCUCCACGCAGGAGGAGCUUUAGUCGUAGCCGCAGCAGGUCUUUCUCUAGAGACAGGAGGAGGGAGCGUUCCCUAUCCCGGGACAGGAACCACAAACCUUCAAGGUCCUUCUCUCGGUCAAGGAGUCGUUCCAGAUCAAAUGACAGAAAGUAGGGGAACAGGAAGAGAGAUGAAGAAAAUGGUUAUACUAUGUUGUUUUCACAUGAUGGACAUUGAUUUUUUGUUUUGUUUUUUUAUCCGUCAAGAGUUUUAGUCUCCUUUUUUUUGUUAUGGUCUGUUCACUUACAUUAGGGUGUGCACAGGUGUGAGGCCUCGUAACAGUCCUGAAAGAGGUGCACCACCCAGAAUUCUACCAGUAAUUACGCAGCCACUUGUUUUGUUUUUUUUUCUGUUUUUAUAAAUGGAGAUGUGGUUUGACCCAUAGUGAGAGUUCAUUUUCAUUGUGUAUAUUUGAUUUUUAAGAAGGAAGAAAUGUGAUUCAUUAUAAGGAACUUCCCCGUUGUGAUUUGGAAGGCCAACCAACUUUCACCAAUGUGACUUUGUUACAUAAUGGAUUCCAUCUGUGGAUGUGUGCUCUACAAGGAAGACGGGCUGGUGAAAACAUUUAACGUGUCCUAAAUCAAUUUUUCAUUUCCUGUGCUUUGAUACUAUGUGACAUUGUCUCUCAAUUAAAAGUACUCAUUGUUUAAAACAA